AUACCGAAGAAAUUACCUGCAAUGAAGAAGAGAAGACGUUACUAGCUGCAGUGGUGAAACAAACAACAUCAAAUGAAUUUCGUAACUCUCAAGACGCUGACACAAGUUUAAACAAAUGGAUCAGUUAUCAUAAGAACAAUGACUCUUCAUUCUCUCCUGAAGAACUGCCAUCCCAAGAUGAUCCUAGUAUCAAACUUUGGUUUGAUAAUUCUGGAGAAAUCCCUCGUCUACUAGUCCCAACUGAUAGACAGUUCGAAGUGUUUAAAGUUUUCCACGAUCCAGCUCAUAAUGGUUUCAAGUCAACUCAGAAGAACAUCUCGAAAAAUCACUAUUGGCCACGUCUCAAAUCUGAUGUGCGAGCUUGGUGCAAAAACUGCGUUGCUUGUCAGAAAAAUAAAGUCAGCAAACACACCCAUUCACCAAUCACAAAGCUGGAAAUUCCAUCUGACAGAUUCGCAUGUAUCCAUGUCGAUUUGGUUGGACCAUUACAUCCACCUGUAAAUGGAAAAAAUACUCUUUUUACAAUCAUUGACAAUUAUUCCGGAUUCAUGUCAGCCUUCCCACUUUAUUCAUCAG